AUAUAUCAACAUGAUCAAUUUAUUACAAGGAGACUCGAACAGGAUAAACUUCAUCUUAAUUCUUUCAUAAUAUCCAAAUUCUCCAUAACGUAAUCAGCUAUACAUAGACAUAAGGUUGAAGGUUUCGAGUGAAUUUUCUUUUUUUCUGAAAGAUUCCACAAUCUUUGGCAUGGUCAGUGAUUGGUGGAGGUAAUAUUCAGUGAUAAAGGAAACCUAGAAGGAUUAUCAGAGUAGUAGCAAAGGAUAAAUUCAACGAGCUGUAAAGACAGCCAGAGUCAAUAAGGAUGUCUAAUUCAGGACAACCAAACGGACCUCCAAGUGCUGGAAUAAACACACAACAAAAUUCCCAAGGACCUUCACAAUCAGGUUCACUGAUGUCUCAACAAAAUCUAAAUCAGAUUGUAAGUCCUCCUUCUCAUUUUAUUCCAGCACUCUCUGUCAAUAUUAUCAUCAAAUCAUUCCACGUUCUAUUCAAAUCUUUUUCCACAAACAAGUACCUUCUCUUGAGAUCCUAUCAGUGCAAAUGCAAGUAGCCUUAGCACAGUUUGUAAUGGAAACCAAAUAUGAACAAAUUAGUCACGUGUCAUCAUUGGAUACGGGACACUGGACACAGGAUACCAACAACUGCCUCUUCAAACAGACGUUUACUUGAUUGUAUUUGGUUGAAUUAGGAGAACCGCAACGGAUGUCUUGUCCAAUCAUCUUCUGCACUAUAUGUCCAUAUGCAUACCAUAGUGCAAUAGUUUUUGAAAGAUUGAUGUUUAUAGUUGGUUUCAACAUUAAAAAGACUAAAUGUUUGAGAAGAAGCUCCGGUGAAGGAGAUCAAUAUUUCAAGUUCUUUUUUCUAAAACAGUGCAUUUUGAUCUAAGGCCCGAUCCCUCUUCGGACCUAGCGGCCUUCUAUGCCGUGUUUCUUAUUCUGUUUAUCGUCAAAUCAACAAGAUCCUAAAUCAUAAUUUGUUCAUUCGCUUCCAUUUGACAAAUAUAUUUCUGCUGCUACUUGCAGUGCUUGUUUUUUUACUUAGUUUUUCUUCAAAGUCUUAUUAUAAAACAUCAUCCCAAACUUCUUGCAAUAGAUUUCUGUCAUUACGUCUGAACCUUCAGGUCAAAUCAUGCAUACUACAUCACAUCCCUCUACAUCACGUUCAGUGCCAUCUGGUGCUCCACAUCUUGGUACCACCAAGCUUACAGUAACUGCUCAUCCUCCAAGUACUGCGGCUCCAUGCCCUGCCAUUUCCCUCAUUUCAAUGCCUUCUCGUGUUCCAAGUUUCACUGCUCGAAGUGCUGGUGUUUCAAGUCCUCCGCUUCCUGCCAUGAACCAAAUACCAGCACCUUCACAUAUAAUAUUUUUCCUAUCAUCCACCUGCACUCAUUUAUGGCUCCCCAUAUCCUCCUCUUUUUGGUUCAUCGCGUUAUGCGCCUAUUGCAUUUGCUUUGAGCAGGAAUAUUCUGCUAGCAUCUACUAAUCCAUUGUUCAACGAUCCACAGGUUAUCGAGUAUCUCGUCAAGAAGGGAUACAAUCGGACGGAGCAAAUGCUACGUUCAGAAUCCGCCAAUCUUGAUAGAGAUGGAAAGCCUAUUCAAGAACGUGCAGAGGAUCUUGGUACGGCAAAAUACGCAAAAGGAUUUCGAUUAUUGAGUAAUUGGAUUGAGUCUAACUUAGACAUUUACAAGGUGAGCAAAAACUCUUCCAGCUCACAACAUUGGUUACUUUAACACCAUUAUCACAGUUUGAGUUACGCAGACUCCUUUGGCCUAUCUUUGUUUAUUCAUUCAUUGAGCUCAUAACAAGUAACUAUGCAAGUGAUGGAAAAGCUUUUUUGAAUGAGUUCAAAGAUCAGUUCCAACAAGUUCACGCAGAUGAGCUCACUACCUUUGAGACAAUCAGCUUGCCACAACAGAUUAAUGAUAACUCUAUCACGAAGCUUUAUCUAUCCUCAAAGUACCGAAUACCUCUCAAUACCCAUGUUUACUACAACCUCAUUACCCAUCUUGAAUCAAACAGCAAGAAAGGAGGAUCCGUUAUCAUUUAUUUGUUACAGACAUACUGCGAAAUCCAAGAAACCAAACGAGGACCCAUUGAUCAAUUUAGUUUCGAGGCUAUAAUAAAUCAAGCACAUGGUGUUGAGACAGAAGAGUCCGAUCUUCAAGAAGGAAUUCCCGGUGCUUUUACUGGAGUUACAAACAAGGACAUUGCAGACAAUAAUGCCAGGUUGUUACUGGGCCCAUUGUCAUUGGAGGAGGAUCUAUCUGCAGAUGUUCGCGCAGAACUUGAUGAAGAAGAUGCCAAGAAUCCACCUGAGCCCGGUAGGCCAUCCUUGGUAGAAUUGUUUGAUCAAAGUAUCAAGCGUGAGGAAGGCAGUGAAGGACCUAGCCGCAACGAUAUUCCUUACCCUCCUUCUCGUGCUAAGGAUGUAACCAUGGAAGUUCAAAAGAUCAAGGAAUAUCGGGAUAGAUUCAAGAUUGAGAGUCGAAGCGGUGGUGUUGGUCCUGCAGUAUCGAUUUGCAUGUUUACUUUUCAUAAUACUCUUGAUACGUAAGUUGCCACAGCCGAGAUUUUUCAGUAAAUACUAAUGUUUGACCAGAAUUACCUGUAUCGAGUUUUCCGACGACAAUAACUUGGUUGCUGUUGGUACUGAGGAAUCUUACAUUCGUGUUUGGCAUCUACAUGGCGAACCAUUGUCAAGUGAAACCAAAGCAGGUCCAAAUGAUCCACCACCAUCCAACUCUCGUCGUCUAAUUGGUCAUUCCGCACCUGUUUAUGCUGUGUCAUUCUCUCCUUCAAUUCGAGGUGCAGAUGAUACUGAUACAUCUACUGCUCCUAAAUUACUUCUUUCUUCCUCCUCAGAUAGAACAAUCCGUCUUUGGUCACUCGAAGCAUGGGCCUGCGUCGUUGUAUACAAAGGUCAUGAAGGUCCAGUAUGGAAUGUAAAGUGGGGACCAUUCGGUCAUUACUUUCUAAGUUGCGGUCAUGAUCGAUCUGUUCGUAUUUGGGGACAAGAUCAUAUCUCAUACCUUCGAAUGUUCAUUGGUCAUGAUUCUAACGUCAAUCAAAUCGCCUGGCAUCCAAACGGAGCAUAUGUUUUCUCGGCUAGUGAUCAAGCUGAUAAAACUGUUCGUAUGUGGUCUUUCACAACUGGUGAAUGCGUUCGUGUUUUCACUGGUCAUACCGACACCAUCAGUGCUCUCCAAUGCGCUCCGAAUGGCAAGAUUCUAGCAUCUGCCGAUUCAGGUGGAAGUAUCAUUCUUUGGGAUCUUGCAAAAGGAUCACAAAUCAAGCGUUGCAGAGGUCAUGGAAAAGGUGGAAUUUGGUCUCUAUCAUUUAGCGUCGAAUCCACAGUCUUGUGUUCGGGUGGUGCUGAUGGUACUGUUCGUCUGUGGGAUAUUGAAGUCCCUACUGAUCCAUACAAAAACAAUGAUGGAGAAAUCGUCGGUACAGGCGGACAAGCAGAUGCAACUCGAGUUACGGGAGCCAUUGCCGGUGCUCAAGUCAAUCCAGCCACUGGUUCUUCCAAGAAGAAAGGCAAGGAAACAAUGAUCACCCCUGAUCAAAUCGCUGCAUUCCCGACCAAGCGCUCACCAGUUUACAAAGUCAUGUUCACAAGGAUGAAUUUGGUUAUGGCUGGAGGAUGUUAUUUACCUUAGUACUUAUCAACGUUUCCCGAGGGACUGAUUAUUUCACUACGAGGCGUAUAUUUCACGAGGGAGGAAGUCUUUCAUCAAAACUGUAAUUGGGACAUUUACUUUUUUGUCUUUUCCAUUCCCAAGAAUAUCUUCGUUUUUUUGAAAGGAAUAAAUUGAGAGUGGAUUUUAUAAAGAAAAUGACGUAUAAUUAUUCAAAUCAGAAAUGACGAUAUCAAGAUUU